AUGCCAGAUAAACAAUUCACGACUUUAACAUAUGCCGCGGGCGCUUCUCUUGCUGCAAUAACACUUGUCUAUGUCUUUGCGCCAACCUUUCUGAUGGACGAACAAAACGGAUCAUCCAAUACGAGGAAGAAAGGAGUGGUAGGCUUGGUCAAUAAUGCCAAUGAUUGUUUUAUAAACUCAGUACUUCAGGCCCUCGCGGGUCUAGGCGACUUGCGAAUGUUUUUGAUCAGGGAAACGCAUAGAAGGGGAUUGGAUAGUUCAGAGGUAUACACUCAGAUUGUGGAAGACCCGGCGCGGCAGGGUUUGCCAGCAUGGAAGAUAGGAGGUCUACAAAAGGGCGUAGUCACUAUGGGAUUGAAAGACAUCUUGGACGCAUUGAACGAAAGACCUUUAUACAGGAAGACAAUAUCUGCUAUGCCAUUUGUAUCGGUAUUAGAAGCUGCCUUUAAGCAGAGAAUUAGCCGGCAACAACAGGACGCACAGGAGUUUCUCCAAGUGGUGGCCGAGAGAUUAGGCGACGAGUACCAUGCGGGGCACAGGGCAAGAGACCACGCCAGGAAGUUGGAGGCUACCACUGGCACAACUGCAGAAUUGCACACUUUAGACGAAACGGUUUUGGACGAGAGGUUAGGUCAGCUUAGUGUUAAUGAAAGCGCGACGUCCGGCACCAAUUCUCCUCCGACAAAAACGCCAUCAGCUUCUUCUCAUGGCUCAGAAAAGGCAAGCUCAAUAUCUUCGAAAUCGCCUCACCAAGGCGGAGAGCCUAGUAGUGACGUUGAUAAAGAGGACGGGUUCCCAUUCGAAGGUGGUUCUGAAUCACAAAUCGAGUGUUUGACUUGUGGUUUCAAACCAAGGCCUACGCAAACAACGUUUUGUUCUCUCACAUUGGUAGUUCCUCAGGUUACCUCUACCACCCUGAACGCAUGCUUCGAUGGAAUGUUUAAGACAGAAUAUAUUGAGGACUUCAAGUGUGAGAAGUGUAGAUUAGUGCAUGCCUUGGAAACAUUCGAACAAGAAUAUUCUCGAUCAAAUUCACGGAUUUUCAAGGAGAAAACUCAAAUCUCAAUAGAUAAGCUGAAGGCUGCUAUAGAAACUAAUCCUGAAGAAGAGCUUCUCGAUGUUGAACUACCAGAUUCGAAGUUUGCGCCCAAGCGAAAGAUCGCCAAACAUGUCCGUAUUACCAAAUUUCCAAAAGUCAUGGCAAUACAUCUUUCGAGGUCAAUAUUUGACGCCAGGUCGACGACGAUGAAGAAUUCUGCCAAGGUGACAUUUCCUGAACAACUACCACUUGGGGGCCUAUUGGAGCGACGGAAGUACAAGCUCCUUAGUCUAGUAUGUCACAAGGGGAGUCAUCAUAGUGGACACUAUGAAUCAUUCCGGAGGCAAAACGUUGUGGCUCCAUUCUCAACUCCGAAUGCUUUUCAACCAUCACUUGCGUAUGCCAGAUCCUCAACUUCUACCCCUUCACUACUUUCGACAUCGCAAAUGAACGCCACUCGAGGAAGUGACGUUGAUAAUGACACCCUCUCAUCGACCCCAGAAUUACUGUCACCCACGACAGCCUCUACCACCUCGCUUCCACACACAGGUGGGCGCAGCUCGGUAGACUCUUCUUCACUGAAUAAUAAACAUCUGUCUGCCAUUAAUCCAACAUCAGCUAGUUCUGUGUCAUCUUCAACUAAAACCACGGGUCCUACAUCAGCUCCCCGGGAUUCGGAUGGUGGCAGCAUUCGCUCUCUAGGACGUUCGGCUCGGAAAACUCUGUCGAAAGUUUCCAGUACAAUUAGUCGAUCGUCUCCCACACCAUCUUCACCAAAGCUAUCCCCUUCCAGCCAAGCAGGCAACCGGACAACUUUGACAGAAACAAUUCGAACUAAGCGUAAAAAGAAGACAGUCGAUAGAUGGUGGAGAAUUAGUGACGAAAAGAUAAAAGAAAGUAAGACUAGUGAAGUUUUGGGUAUGCAGAAAGAGGUUUAUAUGUUAUUUUAUGAGCUAGAAAGGGGAGAGGAAGAUUCAUAG